CGUCUAACUGCUCUGCGUCGGUUGUUGCCUGAUGUGAGAACGAACACCACACGCAAGACCCGCAAGACACACAAGACCCGCAACCAAACAACCACAUCCAUACACACACAAGACAAUACAAGACACAUUCACAAGACACAUACACACGAGACACACACACACACACACAUACACACACGUACAACCACGCAUGCAGGGGGCUCGAAGAAACAGGUCGGGUCGCCCGCGCGCGCGUCGUGGAGGCUCACGCGCUUCCCGCCGAGAUGCUGGCGGCAGAGACAGAGACAGCAGGGACAGGGCGCGAGAAGACGCAGGCCGAGACAGAGGCGAGCGUCGUGGCGCCAAGUCCCCGGCAGCGGCAGCUUCCGCGGCCGCCAGGCGGGAGCAGCGGCAGGCUGCAAGCGAUAAGGAGGCCCUCCGCGUGCCCGCACGCGAAGUGGUGCUGCCACCGGCAAAGUCAGCAGGUGCAGGCCGGCGCGGCAAGGACGGCGGCAGCGGUAAGCAGGGCGCAGAGGCGCGCCCAGUGUCCAUAAACGACAUCCAGAUCAAGAGCCUGUCGGAAAUGCGCGCAGAGUCCAGCAAGCGCAAAGCAGACCCCGGAUCGCCCACGCAGGAGGACGCAGGCCAGGCGGUACAGGCACCUGCAGACAGCGCCAGCGACGCCAUCCGUGCUGGGGAGGCCAGCGUCAACGCCGCAGACGCGGCCGGCAACCCAGAGAAGAAGCCAGAGCCCGCGGCGCUCUCAGCUUCCCCUUCCGCCAACCCACCUGUGCCCAAGCGCGCAAAGGCGUCCCCAGUGCAAGCCGGCGACGUCGUUCUGAACGACGAUCUGGCUGAUCUGAUUGAGCCCGACCGCGACUUUGCCGUGAUCGCCGACUUUGACGACCCGGAUCUGCAGAUUGAGAGCCCGCCACCCGGGCCCUCCCGCAUUGAGGAGCUCUACUCGGCCGAAGAGGACAACGCCGCAGAGGAGGCAGAGGAGGCGCACCCGCCAAAGCGCGCCAAGGCCUCACCACCACGGUCGCCACCAGCACAGUCGCCACCACGCAGGUCGUCGUCGUCGUCAUCACGGGCAGGCCAGCAGCGUCGCCGCGAGCAUGCAGCCGAUGCCGGUGGCCAUGAUGAUGACGAUGAUGGCGCCGUGCCAUCGUCACCGUCGCCAUCUCCAGACCGCGGGUCCUCUCGCCGCAACCCCAGCCGCAGCCGCAGUCCCAGCCGCAGCCAUGACCGUGACCGUGACCGUCGCGGUGCUGGUGGUGGUGGUCGUCGGAGUGGUGGCCGUGGCGGCAGCGGUUCACCGUCACCACCGCCGUCACCGUCGCUGACGCGAGAGCGGCGUGGUGGCCGGCGGUCACGCGAGCGACGUGGCGAUCGCAAUGGCGCACGCAGGCGCUCUCCAUCCCCGCCCUCUCGCCGCCGCAAGCUCGACAUGCAGCAUGUGAACCGGAUGAUCAACACCAUCACUGACGAUGCGCGGCGCCACGUGUCACCGCCUGUCGGGCUCAUGCUCGACUGCAUGGAUCUCAUCGCGGCCUCGCGCGACACCUUUGCCAUGCGCCGCUUGCUCGAGACCGCCCGCAAAUUCCAGGUGACGCUGCCACCACAAGGCCUGCGCAAGUUCCUUAACACCGACUUCCCGCGGACAUCGGCCAUCGCCAGCGUGUGGCCGCUCAAGUGGGACACAUACGACAUCCUGCAUGUACAGCACACGGUGGAGGAUGCUGAUACAAAGCAGUUGGUUGAUGGGCUGAUGCCACAGUCAGACGCUCCGCUCGUUGACCUCUUUGUCUAUCUCAGCGCCCGCAGUCUCCUCACAGACCGGGAUAUUGCCAGGGCGCUGCUGGAUGCGGCGUUGGAGAAGGCGAAGAGCGUGCCCGCAGAUCUCCUCACAAAGAUGAUUGUGCGCGAGACAGACCUCUUCUCCGACGAACGCCUGCAGACUGCCCUGUCCCAGGCGCUUUCUGCCCCGGACAUUCCCAGCGUCACCAUCGCGAAGUUGCUGGUGGAGGCUGCAUCGCGCGGUAUUUCCAUCUGGACAGAGGAGACAGAGCGCUUUCUUCAAAAGUACUCUGCGCGUGCAUUUGGCGCAAUCAUGGAGAAGCUGUACAUACAACAGCCCUCGACCAUGGAGGGAAUGCCCGACGCCAUCUUCCAGCGCCUACUGUCCAUCCUACCAGAGUGCAAAGGCCUAGUCGUGCAAGUCCGGCAACGAGUGAUGCGCGAACUCGAGGCCGACCCGCCCACGCUGACGGCCGCGCAGCUCUCGGCAUACAUGGACGCCGCCGCUGCCUCCGCCUCUAAGGAGGAGCCCCGCCCGCUCCAGCACAUUCGCGAAAAGCUGGAGGGCCGUGCGGAGGAUCUGCUUGAUGCAAAGGCGUGGGCGCUGCUGUUCACAGAGGCCGUCAACACCGGCGACACCGACACAGCCGUCGACAUGUACGAGCGCGUACGUGAAAAGGUGAACCAGCCCAUGUGCCCGCUGGACGUGACCAAGCAGUUUGAGAAGGCGGAGCUGGGCCUGUUUGAGGCGCUGAGCAGCGGCCGCUGGCAGGAUAUGGGCACCAAGCUCUUUGAGGAGAAACUGCGCACAACGUCGACCGUCACCACCACCUUCAUCGGGGAUGUGGCGCUCGCUGUUGCCCGCAACUCUCCGGAGUCCCUGGCCUCCGUCCUGUCCAUUGUCGCCGAUAACAAGCUGCCGCUGCCCACGGACUUUACGCACCGUCUGCUGCGCAACACGACCGCGUUCACCUCGGAGGAGAUGGUAUCCAAGCUGCUCGCUGGUGAUUUCCCUCUCCUUACUCCCAGCAUUGACAACUUGGUGCACGUGCUGAGGACCCUCUGCCAGAAUGGCGCCUACGACACCAUGUGGACGUGCUUCGCGUACAUCAAACAGAACAUGAAGACGGAGCUGCGGGAUCUCUGCCGCGGCGCUGUGGACAACUUUCUUGAGCGUCGCGAGACGGCGCGCCGGCGAACGACCGACAUGGACGAUAUCAAGAACAUGGACCUCUGGCACUGGCUCUUUAAGGCGGCCUUUGCGUCCAAAGACGUGGAGAAGGUUGUGGAGCUGUUUGAAGACAGCGUCAGGCUUGGGUUUCCUCAAAUGCCCGUAGACAUUAUGAAGGUCUUGAACCUGACGCAGGACUCCAACCGGCCGGAUCUACUCAAGAAAGCGCUCAUCACUCUGACGCAAGCACAACCGUUUCAGCUGUGGUACACCAAAGCCAGGCAAACCAUGCUUGGGAUCGAAGCGACGUUGCGAUUUGCCGGGGAGAUGCUUGAGCAAGGCGAACAAGACACGGCUAUCACCCUUCUGUCCUGGAUUGAUCUGCGGCCGCGAUCCAGACUGAACGGGGCGUUUCAGUACAACCAAGCUGGGGUUCUUUCGCUGUGCUUGCGCCACCCAAAGCUGCACAGCGUCGCCAACACCCUGUUGACGCAGCGCAUCUCCCCAGACGCAGCCAAGGCAGCCCUCGAGGUCGCGCUUGAGAUUGGCGACAUUGGGCGCGUGCGAACCUGCUUCCGCAAGUGCAAGGAGCUUGAUGUUGUGCUGGACAGCGCAACGCUGGAGCGCGUCGUUGACGCCAGCAUCAAGAGCAGGGCCGACCUCUCGCUUGCCAAGGACGUGUGGUCGGAGGCCAAGGCCGGGGGCAUGGCCCUCUCGCCAGAGCUCACGCGCCGCCUCAUUCUGGCGUGCUCGACAGCGACCAACGACCAACAGCGCAUCUUCAGCCGCACCGCAUUCGCCGACGCACUGCGCGCCGGCCAGUUUGGCACCGUCCUCGAUACCAACCGGCCGCACGUGUUUGACGGAUCGCACCUGAACCCGGCCGAGCUGGACUUGCUGGUGGGCUACAUCUGCGACGCGGUGCUGUGCAGCUUUCCACCGCCAAGCGAGGACACGGUGCUCCUGCUGCCACCAGCAGCGAAAGCAGCUGAGAGCGACGCCAAGGCGAACGAGGCCGACGAGAACGGCGGCUCAGCUGAGGCCAACAAUGGUGGUGGUGACAACAACACCUAUGACGAUGACGACGACGACGAGGACGACGAUGAGGAUGAUGACGAGGAUGAGGGCGGGCGCCGUUCGAGCUUGAGGGCGUACCACAGUGCUCAGCAGAAGGAGCAACAGAGGCAAGAGAAAGAUGUCGACGAGGAGACGUGGGCUGACGUGAAGGAGACGCCCGCUGAGCGCGCCCGCGCGAAACUUGUUUCCGGCUGCAACAACGCAGCCUUGAAAAUCGACCAAGAGGGCAGCGACGACGACAAGGACGACGACAACGACGAGGCUCAGGACGACCGCAGCGCAGGUGUGAAGCUGAUUGUGCUCGCGUCCAGCCUCGCCCAACAGCGCCCAGCGGUGUCAGCAUCCACAGGUCGCCGUGGUGGUGAUGCAGAUGAACAGCAGCGCCGCCGCAGCAGCGACCGGUCUCGCGGUCGCCGUUCCCGCUCCCCACUGCCGGCUGGGGAUGAUUGGCGACGUGGCUCCCGCGGUGGCCGCACUCGCUCCGGCCGCGGUAGGCGAGACCGUGACAGGCGCGCCCGCAGCAGGGACCGGCCCAUGAGGGAUCGCGCCGACGACAUUGCCCGUCGUGAUGUGGCGCCUGGCCGUGCGUCGCCGCCACCGCCGCCGCCACCGCAGCAGCAGCAGCAGCAGCAGCAGCAGCAGCAUCAGGACUAUGAUCGUCGUCGUGGGUAUGUUGAGGCAGACCGGUAUGGCCGCCGUCCCAACUCUCCUCCACGCCGCCGUGGCCGCUCACGGUCGCGUUCCCCGCUGCCGCACGGGGGUCGCCGCGCGUCUCCUCGCAUGGCUCCACCGCCAGCAGAUGCGGUGCGCGGCCGAGACUACGCGUAUGCGGCAAGAAGGCGCUCACCGCCACCGCCGCCACCACCGCCUCACCCUGCAGCACACGCGCGCGAGCCCGAGCACCGUGGGUAUGUUGUUGAUGACAGCGUACCGCCACCGCCACCACCACCGCCACCACCGGCACGGCAGCAGCAGCCGCCGCGACAGCAAGAGCAGCAGGAGCGAAAACCGGGGAGCCGCGAGCCGUCUGCCCUCGACCACAAGGUGCUUGAGGACUACCUCAAUGCUGCCAUUAAGAAGGCGCUGCUCAGCAAGCACUGGCCGCACGGCUUUGGCGACAAGGCCGAUUACAAGGCGCUCUUCAAGCGGUUCCGGAGCGAGCUGCGAAGUCGUUUCCGUGAUGCAAAGCAGCGUGGCGAGCACGUGAACCAGGAGGUGGUGCACGCUGCUGCUGUUGACAAGGCGAGCGAUUAUUUUUCCCGCCACCGCGUGUGCACGAUUGCGUCUGGCAAAGCCAACCAAUAACCUGUGAAACUUACUGUCUUGUUGCCAUCAUUUUCAUCGCUGUGCAACGUUUCCUCCGACUCUCAUCUUUUGCUUGCUUGCUGGCCCUCUCUUACAACACUCUUGAUACCCCCUUCCGUUGUUGUGUGCGCACACCUUGAUAAAAAAGCAAUCCCUG